UUCUCUCAAAGCUGUGUUUCCGGAAGUAAUUAAAAUCCGCAUCAACUCUCAGAUCUUGACAGAAAAGUGCCUUUUUCUGUUUUCAUAGAUUUUUCUUUUGAAGAGGAAAUCUUUUGAAGUUUGUUCAGCAUGACAGGUCACACGGCUGGCGACCCAUUAGAGUGUUAUAGUAUCCCACUUGUUCUCGAGAAAGAGCCUGAAGUUGAUGGAAUGGGUAACCCAGUUUUUGGACCAGAUGGCAAACAAAAAUACAAGUGUGGAUUUCGCAUUGGAGGGGGUAUUGAUCAGGACAAUGAAAAGAGUCCCCAGGGAUAUCCAGACAAGGGUGUUUAUGUAACUUACAUACAUGAAGGUGGUCCUGCAGAGAGGUGUGGUCUACACAUUCAUGAUAAAAUUCUACAGGUUAAUGGACAUGAUUUUACUGUAGUUACUCACAGAAAGGCAGUGGAAUACAUUCAACGAAAACCAAUUUUAAACAUCUUAGUCUACCGUAAAGGAGUACCUGCUAUAGCUAAAGGGGAACCCCAGCCACAGUUUCAGUCAUACAGUCAGGACAAUUACUCUAUGCAAUAUCAGCCCAACACGAGACUGUCAUAGCUGAAUUAAGUCACAAUAAACUGUCAAAACAACUGCCGACAUCUUGUCAUCAGUAGCAGUGUUAAAUCAGUGUUUAAAGUUGUGUACACUUCAGCAGAUUUAGGGCUGUUAGGAUUUAGAGAAGCGGGAGAUUUAUAUUUAGUUUUACAGUUUAAUAUGGAGUGCUAUACUUAUAGGCAGAGAUUUUAGAGAUACAUAUCAUUGUAGUACCAUGUAGCUUGUAUAUCUACCUUGGUAAGAAUUUAUUAAAUUUUUAGAAAAUUUUAUUUUGAUUUAUUCAUGCAUCCAUUGUUGCAAUAUGGUUGCCAAUUUUACAAUAUCUGUGUGUUGUGAUUUCAAUAGUUUUUUUUUUUGUUGGGGGGAGGGGGAAUAUAUUGUUCAAUUUUACCUAAGGUUUCAGAGAUUUUUUUUUCAUAUUAAUACAUGUAGAUGAAAUGGGAAUACAUGUGCUAGCAUUUUGAAUAUAUGUUAAAACCAUAUAUGCUAUUGUAAAUGGAUCUGCCCUUACUUGGUACAUACUGUGGUUUCAUCGUUUUUCCUCAAAUACCAAUUUUAGUUGUUUUCAUUGUUGAGACUAGACCAUGAAAUUAAGGUGAUCAGUGAACUACAAAUUUUUAGGAUGUGAUCACUGUCCACUAACAUGUGUCUGAACAAAAUUUUUUUUUUGUCAAAACCAUAAAAAUUUGAUCCAUUAGAACAUCAAUGAAAUCACACUGCAUUUGUGAGAAUUAUAUCAUUGAAUUUUUAAGUUUAUUGUUGUGACGAUUUUGUGUUUUUAUGUAUAAGACACAUUUUGUGUCACUUUGUAUUGUUGUAAACUGUAAAUUGCAGACAUUUGCUUUUUUCACAAACUAGAGUGAAUAUUUUUUUGCAUAAUUUAAAAAAUCAUUCUCAGACAGUUAAAAAUUUUGAUUUAAUUCUGUCCUUAAGUUUUUUUAAGUAAAUUAAGAACAUGAACAAAGGUGAAACUUGAUAAAAAGGAAACCAAGCAAUUAAUCUACAUGUAGUUCAGUCAUGGAAUGAAAUUUUUCACAGUUUACAGAAAACAUGGAAGUCCUAAGAUAUUUUCAAUAUUUCUACAAUUCAAAUUGGCUGUGAUGAAUACAACAUAUACAAUGUAAAAUGGUGUCCCUGUCCUGCUAAAGGUGAAGGUGUAUAAUGUUAAAGCCUCUGAAAUUAGCGAUGUCACAUGUAAGUCAUAUACAAAUCAUCCAUUUUAUACAAAUCUGCUUAGAUCAUAUGUUUUGCUCAAUUGUAUUUUUCAGUACAGCAAGUCUUCUAUGUGGAAAUGAACUUGUACAGCAAGUCUUUUAUGUGGACAAGAACCUAGUAGAACUGACAUCAGAGUCAAAUAUACAUGUAGAUAAGGUGGUCAAGUUUUGGAAAGGAAAAAUGUUCACAGUUUAAAAUUUGUUUAAAAGGUUGCAUUUUGCAUUGUUGUUAAAUGACUAAAUGUUUGAAUGAAUAUUUUCCAAGAAAAUAAAAUAGAACUUCUCUCAUCUACAACAAAGAAAAUUUGAUCUUUUCCCAUUUUGGACAACAUUUUAAUAGAAGAAAGGGGGUAUCUCUGAUACAAUUAAGAAUCCACGAGGGCUUCUAUGAUGGUGUGUAACUUUGUAAAUUUGAUAAACUAUAAAGGAAACCCCUAAGAGUGGUUUUAAGUUUAAAUAUGAAUAUUCUGCGUUGCUCAUUUUUAUCAAAGCUAAAUAAUUAGAAUUCCUA